AUGCCAAUGCGACCACGUCUUAAUGAGCACUAAAACAUUAUCUUCUUAAAAUGGGCUCAUUCUUGUGUUUGCGUUCAGCCUAACUGACUCAGGCAAAGAGCGCGCGCAGGGGAACGAACAGCUAUCACCAGAAUUUCCCCUUUGGCAGUACCUGCUGAUUGGGUCCUAAAAGCAAGCUGGUUUUAACUUUUAAUAUUUGGCUCCUGUGUUCUGCCAUGACUAGUCGCAAAAUACUGUUUCUCUAACCUAUCACUAGUUUUAGGACAAGGUGAGACAUUUUGGUAAGCAGCGCAGAUUGUUUCGUUUUUUCUCUCAUUGAAAAACGAGUGUGCGCGUAUGAGCGCGCGUGUAUCUGGUGAAGAUGUUUAGCGAAACCUUUUUAAGGAUGAUAUACCUUGGAUGUUUCCUGUUUCUUUGUGGGCUUACGCAUGCCAUACCAAGUUACCCUAUCUGGUGGUCCCUAGCGGUGGGCCACCAGUACUCGUCCCUGGGCUCCCAGCCCAUCCUGUGCGGCUCCAUUCCUGGCCUGGUGCCCAAGCAGCUGCGAUUCUGCCGGAACUAUGUGGAGAUCAUGCCCAGUGUGGCAGAAGGUGUGAAGAUCGGCAUCCAGGAGUGCCAGCAUCAAUUCAGGGGCCGUCGUUGGAACUGCACCACCAUCAACGACAAGGCCAUCUUCGGACCAGUGCUGGACAAAGCCACGCGUGAGUCAGCAUUCGUUCAUGCCAUCGCAUCAGCUGGUGUGGCGUUCGCGGUGACACGGUCCUGUGCAGAGGGUUCGGCCACCAUCUGUGGUUGUGACACGCGCCACAAGGGUCCGCCCGGCGAGGGCUGGAAGUGGGGCGGCUGCAGCGAGGACGUGGAGUUCGGCAGUAUGGUGUCCCGGGAGUUUGCAGACGCCCGUGAGAACCGGCCCGAUGCGCGCUCCGCCAUGAACCGCCACAACAACGAGGCGGGACGAACAUCUCUGAAUGACAACAUGUUUCUGAAGUGUAAGUGCCACGGCCUGUCCGGCAGCUGUGAGGUGAAGACGUGCUGGUGGUCCCAGCCUGCCUUCAGAGUGAUUGGAGACUACAUGAAGGACAAGUACGACAGUGCUUCAGAGAUGGUGGUGGAGAAGCACAAGGAGUCCCGUGGCUGGGUGGAGACGUUGAGAAGCAAGUACAACUUCUUCAAACCACCCACGGAGCGAGACCUGGUCUACUACGAGAGCUCGCCCAACUUCUGCGAACCCAACCCAGAAACAGGCUCGUUCGGGACACGCGAUCGCACCUGUAACUUGACGUCGCACGGCAUCGACGGCUGCGAUUUGCUGUGCUGUGGCCGGGGACACAACACCCAGACGGAGAAACGGAAGGAGAAGUGCCACUGUAUCUUCCAUUGGUGCUGCUACGUCAGCUGCCAGGAGUGUGUUCGAGUCUACGAUGUUCACACCUGCAAAUAGAUAGGGCCUCUGGCACCACUCUUUCCGCACCUCACCCCAAUUUUUUUUUUUAAGACUUCAACAUAUAAAACAAGAAGCUACUGUACGAGUCGGGCUCAGAGAACUUGAGAGGCUUUGAUUUGACUUUGAUCAAGCGUUAACCGACUCAGCUUUAGUACAGUCAGCUAAUAGGCAAAAAAAUAUAGCCGCCUGUCAUGUGAUGCAGUGGAUUCAGCCUCAGUCUUAGAAUGCUGAGGUAGUUCUAGAACACAGAGGUGCACCCAUGGAGGCUCCAUUCAGACAAACAACAUGAUGAUGUUGAUGAUGUUGAUGAACACCAUCUCAUCGAUAGAGGCAAAAGAGGAGACCAUUACAGAGUGGGCUGAUUGUCGUCAAGGAGGGACUUCAAGUGAUUUCCAGAAAGGUGUUUCAAGGUAUUGGUUUCCUGAGACAAGAAAAGAGAACUGUAGGUUUUAUACUGGCUAUAUAAACUGUGCUGUUAACAAGCACCAUAUUGGUGAAUUAUCUGUGUACUCUGUGUCGUCACCUUCAUGUAGAGCAGAACAGCACUGUCUAAACCUUUGGGACACCAUACAAUCUAUGAUGAACAUGUCAUAUUUUUCUAUUCCCACUAGAUAGGCCAGCAGCAAAGUAAAAAUUGGCUAUAUUGUAAAAAUGUAUGAAAACAAAAUGUAUAUUUUUUAUCUUAAUUCAAGGUUACGGU